AUGCGUGAGAUUGUUCACCUCCAGACCGGCCAGUGUGGUAACCAAAUUGGUGCCGCCUUCUGGCAAACCAUCUCCGGCGAGCACGGUCUCGAUGGCGAUGGACAGUACAACGGUACUUCCGACCUCCAGCUGGAGCGCAUGAACGUCUACUUCAACCAUGCCCACGGUGACAAGUACGUUCCCCGUGCCGUCCUCGUCGACUUGGAGCCCGGUACCAUGGACGCUGUCCGUUCCGGUCCUUUCGGCAAGCUCUUCCGCCCCGAUAACUUCGUCUUCGGUCAGUCCGGUGCUGGUAACAACUGGGCUAAGGGUCACUACACUGAGGGUGCCGAGCUCGUUGACCAGGUCCUCGAUGUCGUUCGCCGUGAGGCCGAGGCUUGCGACUGCCUCCAGGGUUUCCAGAUCACCCACUCUCUCGGUGGUGGUACCGGUGCCGGUAUGGGUACACUCCUGAUCUCCAAGAUCCGUGAGGAGUUCCCCGACCGUAUGAUGGCCACCUUCUCCGUCGUUCCUUCCCCCAAGGUGUCCGACACCGUUGUUGAGCCUUACAACGCUACCCUCUCCGUCCACCAGCUCGUUGAGCACUCCGACGAGACCUUCUGUAUCGAUAACGAGGCCCUGUACGACAUCUGCAUGCGUACCCUCAAGCUGUCCCAGCCCUCGUACGGUGACCUGAACCACCUCGUCUCCGCCGUCAUGUCCGGUGUGACUACCUCCCUCCGUUUCCCCGGUCAGCUCAACUCCGAUCUCCGCAAGCUCGCCGUCAACAUGGUGCCCUUCCCCCGUCUGCACUUCUUCAUGGUCGGCUUCGCUCCCCUGACCAGCCGCAGCGGCCACCAGUACCGCCAGGUCAGCGUUCCCGAAUUGACCCAGCAGAUGUUCGACCCCAAGAACAUGAUGGCUGCUUCCGACUUCCGUAACGGCCGUUACCUCACCUGCUCCGCUCUCUUCCGCGGUAAGGUCUCCAUGAAGGAGGUUGAGGACCAGAUGCGCAACAUCCAGAACAAGAACCAGAGCUACUUCGUUGAGUGGAUCCCCAACAACGUCCAGACCGCUCUGUGCUCCGUUCCCCCCCGUGGCCUCAAGAUGUCUUCCACCUUUGUCGGAAACUCCACCUCCAUCCAGGAGCUCUUCAAGCGUAUCGGUGACCAGUUCGCUGCUAUGUUCCGUCGCAAGGCUUUCUUGCAUUGGUACACUGGUGAGGGUAUGGACGAGAUGGAGUUCACUGAGGCCGAGAGCAACAUGAACGAUCUUGUUUCCGAGUACCAGCAGUACCAGGAGGCCUCCAUCUCCGAGGGCGAGGAGGAGUACCUCGCUGAGGACAUUGUCGACGAGGAGGUCUAAAUAAGUCUCCCUGAGAUUUGUUCAUAAUACCCUUGUCAAGCCUACAUUCUCUACCAUUCGGACCGGCUUUGUGGGCUUGCGCCCCGAACCCAAUUUGUUUGAGCGCUCCUAAUUUACUUUUUUUCUGUCUAUCUUCCUACUCGGCUUGGGUCUUUUGUUCGAUCCCUCCAGAAUAGCACAUAGUGGAAAAGCAAUUGAC